AUGGGGAUGCUGGAGCCCACUGCUCUUGCUGCUCGGCUGCUGAGCCUGUUCCAGCAGCAGCUGGGAUCCCUCUGGAGUGGCCUGCUCAUCCUGUUCUGCUGGCUGAGAAUAGCACUUGGGUGGCUAGGUCCUGGAAAGGGGCAGCCACAGGUCCAGGGUGAGCCCGAGGAGACCCAGGAAGAACAGAACAGCACUCAGCCCACAGUCCCUGUCAGCGUCAACUACCACUUCACUCGUCAGUGCAAUUACAAAUGCGGCUUCUGCUUCCACACAGCCAAGACAUCCUUUGUGCUUCCCCUGGAGGAGGCCAAGCGAGGACUGCUUCUGCUCAAACAAGCUGGUAUGGAGAAGGUCAACUUUUCAGGAGGAGAGCCCUUCCUGCAGGACAGGGGUGAAUAUGUGGGCAAGCUUGUGAAGUUCUGCAAGGAAGAGCUAGCCCUACCCUCCGUGAGCAUAGUGAGCAAUGGCAGCCUCGUCCGGGAGAGGUGGUUCAAGGACUAUGGAGAGUAUUUGGACAUUCUUGCUAUCUCCUGUGACAGCUUCAAUGAGCAGGUUAACGUUCUCAUUGGCCGUGGUCAAGGAAAGAAGAACCAUGUGGAAAACCUUCAAAAGCUGCGGAAGUGGUGCAGGGAUUACAAGGUGGCUUUCAAGAUCAAUUCUGUCAUUAAUCGCUUUAAUGUGGACGAAGACAUGAAUGAGCACAUCAAGGCUCUGAGUCCUGUCCGCUGGAAGGUUUUCCAGUGCCUUCUGAUUGAGGGUGAGAACUCCGGAGAAGAUGCCCUGAGGGAAGCAGAAAGAUUUCUGAUAAGCAAUGAAGAAUUUGAAGCAUUCUUAGAGCGUCACAAAGACGUGUCCUGUUUGGUGCCUGAAUCUAAUCAGAAGAUGAAAGACUCCUACCUUAUUCUGGAUGAAUAUAUGCGCUUUCUCAACUGUACUGGGGGCCGGAAGGACCCUUCCAGGUCCAUCCUGGAUGUUGGCGUGGAAGAAGCGAUAAAAUUCAGUGGAUUUGAUGAAAAGAUGUUUCUGAGACGUGGAGGGAAGUAUGUAUGGAGUAAGGCGGACCUGCAGCUGGACUGGUGAGGCUGAGACUUGGUGACUCUAACCAGUUACAGGAAGGUGCCUGUGAGGCUGUCCUCCACCAUCCCACAUCUUCCGGCUGCCUGUGGAUUGUUGUUAUUGAGAAUGCCGUCUGUUUUUCCUCAGUUCAACCAAACUAAGAAAAGCAAAGCCAUUCUAGGGCAGCUUAUACAACAGAUGAUUUCCUUGUGCACAGGGAUAGAGCUCAUUCCACAGAGGAACAAGGUUCAGUGGUCCCAAAGAACCAACACUUAAUUUGUAUUUGAAUUGUUUUUGUGAUUUUUUUUUAAUUUACUGUGAAUUUCAUGUUUCCUUUUUUUUCCUUUUCCACCUAAGAAAAUAAGCUGUUUUCUACUAAAUUUGCCAGUUUUGUCACCAGGAAAGAUCACAAAAUGUGUCCUUCAAUUACUGCUGCCUAUUCUGAUGCUUUUCUGCCUUGGAAUCUUGGACUUUUUUUUAAACUCGGAAGUAUGGAACGAAUGCAUAUCUCACAGAGACAGAAAUAAGGAUCUUACUCAUUUGCAGAGAGCGUGUGGGAAGAGUUACCUCCAAGUAUGUGCUGUCCAUGGCCCCAGGACCUGAUGCUGCUUCAAGGACAGCUGCUCUACACUGCACCAAACUCCUUCAAGGUUCCUGACAAAACCAAGAUACACUGUACCACUAGUGGCAUGGUCUCCUUGGUAUUGAGGCUUCCUGAGGCUGUCAUGCUAAAAUAGGAGCUUGAGUAAAAGGUUGUCUCACUUUUCUGAAAAACAACAGUGGCUGUGUUUCCCAUCCAUGAGCCAUGGAAGCAUAGGUGGAAAGGACUCUGUCCAGGACACAAAAUCUGACUGGCUUGGCAUAAAUGCAUCUGUGGCUCCUUGGCAUACUUCUUGACAAACUCUGAAAUAAGAACGAGUCUAGGGCAAAUGAGAAAAACUAGUUCCUUCUCUACACCACAAAGACAGAAGAGAGAAUGUGACUUAGUCACAGUCUUCUUUCUGUGGAAGAAUUGCAUGAGUUUGUCAAACAUAGAGAGCACCUCACUGUUUGGAAAUUAAUAACUUCCUAUCAAAGGGCAACAUCAUGGGAAUUUUUGUUUCGCCUAACUCCCCUGCUAUUUCACUGCUGCCACUAGAGGGCACCGAGAUGCUGGGUUUCAUUAAGCAUUUCAGAAAUUUUGUUUCAGGGUCUUUUAGGAGUUGGUGAAUUUUGGUUCAGUUCCUUCAUUGUUUGCUUGGUUUGGGCGGGUUGUUGUUGUUGUUGUGUGUGUGCUUGUAUUAAUACCAAGAAUUUUUCUAAGGAACUGGAAUUUUAGGCAUUUUUUUCUUGAAAAAGAUGUUCAUAUAUCACUUAGGUCACUAAAAUGCAAAAAAAUGCUGUUGUCUCAUCAAAGAGGUCAAGUUGUUCUGUGUUUUCUAUUUUGUUUGUUAGUGUGGUUGUUUACCUAUUUUUGCUCGAAUCUAUAAUGAACUAUGUGGUCCAGGCUGGCCCUGAUCUCAUGAUAAUCCCUGUCUUAGCUUCCUAAGUGCUGGAGAUCACACUUGUACAUUACCCAACUCCUAUACAGAUAUUUUUGAGAGAAAGUUGAGACACAUUUCCCUUCAGAUUUUUGAUGAUUUUUAGUUAGGUCCCACUUGGUCACAUGACAGGAGCACAAAUUUGAAGGUGCAGUACACUCUUUUGAGUCAGCAUAUAUUUUCUUCUAGCUGGGGGAACGUGACCAACCCUCUCCCCCAAGAAAAGAACAAUAUGAAGAGAGUACACUUGGGAAGUGAGCCAUUCUAAGUGCACCCCCAAUAAAACAAUUCCCCUCCUAACCCCUUGUACGCUCACAGGAUGUGUAAGAUCUCUAUGCUUAAAAUUUUCAAAACUCCUCUCUUCUUAAAGGGAAGAAUUACAUUUUAUCAUCAUUGUAUAAGUCAAACUUGGAUUACCUUUUCAGUGUUAAGUCUGAGUGUUCAUUUUGUGAAACAUUCUCUCUUUACUGGUAAAGUGAGGAGUGAUCUAAUUGACAUUUGUUAAAUGUUACAGAGAGGUACCUUGUGUCAGAUGAGUGGUUGACUGGAGUAAUUAUAUGGUAAACUGGGAUUUACUUAAGAACUUUGGAGGGGUAGGGCACCCCAUACUGAUUUUCAAGCCCUUGGCCUCUCCAUUAUACAGUGUUAAAUGACAAAAUCUUAGACUGUUUUAAGCUGGAAGCUGCCUGGUGUUAUUUGGCAAAAUUAUCUAGAAAAAAAAAAAAAGAAAAAGAAAAUGGGCUUGAGUUUGAUCUGCACUGGAGUUUGGGUCUAAUAGUUGCAUAGAUAAACAGCCAAUCAAAGCAGCAGCAGUAGAUUCCUUCCAGCAAUAAUGCAGCUCAUGCCCUACCCUCCUGAUAUACGGGUACUGUUUGAUAAGCUAUUAUUGGACAAUGAACAAUCAUGCAAGCCUUGAGUGAGGUUCGGUGUUCGGGAAUAUAUGUAUCUCCCUGUAGAAUUACACUGUGUUUUCAGGCAUCGCUCUAAGGUAUGGUAACAUGUUCUACGUAUUAAAAUGUUUUGCA